AAAUUCGCUUUUGUAUUCAGGUCUUAUACAUCUUUUCGAUUUUCGAAAAAUUCAAAUUCAAAUUUUAAAAAAAUUUCAAAAUUAUGGAGAAAUACGGCAUGGCAGCACCAGAUGAUGAUGACAACAUAAUCGAUUGCUAUCAGCAAUAUGUCGCACAGACUGGUUAUAGAUGUGAGCUACCAGAUUAUUCUCGCACUAACUACAGUGGACGGCCCGAAUGGUACUCUGAGGAACCUAGAAACUGUGAUCCUUAUGAGCGUACCGACUAUCGCGCUCCUUUAACUAAUAGAGGAGGAAAUCUGCGCAAUGGACUUUACUCCCAUUCGAAUGCACCCAGUGGUGCUGGCGACUAUUACAACUCGUUACCAGGUAUAGGAAACUAUGAGCGCCCUAUUCGGAAACAUCAGAGGCGUCAUCGAUGGUUUUAGCAACAAAACAUUUGAAAGUCCGCUCGGAUACGACCAUUUUUGGCGAUCGAUGCAAGUCGUGCAUUUCCCAAUAGUGUCAUAUUGAUGUUAUGUGAUGUGUAUCUUUUUUGGCUGGUUAAGAUAGUAUGUGAGAAAAAUAUUUUGAUCUUUACAAUAUAUAUAUAUAUAAAU